UGUGUCCAUCUGUCCGUGUGUCCCCGCAGGCGGACGGUGCAGGACAGACUGACGGGCGCCGACGUCCGUCUGUCCGAGGAGCAGCUGCAGCUGGUGCAGCGCCUGCAGCGGGGGCAGUUCGGGGACGUCAACUUCGACCCCUACGAGGUGACGGCGAUUCCCCACCGGAACGGGGGCGGGAUUCCCCCCGGGAAUGACCCAGGGGAAAAAUCUCCUCCCAUCCCAAAUCCCGGGAAUUCCCCGCAGGUGUCCAAGCUGGUCCACGCCAUCAAGAUGGGCUGGAUCCAACCCCGGAAGCCCAAGGAGAACGUUCCCACUUUUUACGACCUGUGGGCCCGGGAGGAUCCCAACUCCAUCCUGGGGAGGCACAAGAUGCACGUCCCCGCUCCCAAAAUCCCGCUGCCGGGCCACGAGGAAUCCUACAACCCGCCCCCGGAAUUCCUGCCCAGCCCGGAGGAGAAGCUGGCCUGGGAGCAGCAGGAUCCGGCCGAGCGCCGCCUGAACUUCGUCCCGCAGAAAUUCCGGAGCCUCCGCGCCGUUCCCGCCUACUCCCGCUUCAUCCACGAGCGCUUCGAGCGCUGCCUCGACCUCUACCUGUGCCCCCGCCAGCGCAAAAUGCGGGUCAACGUGGAUCCCGAGGAUCUCAUUCCCAAACUUCCCCGGCCGCGGGAUCUGCAGCCCUUCCCGACCACGCAGGCCCUGGUUUACCGCGGCCACUCCGGCCUGGUGCGGACCCUGAGCGUCGCCCCCAGCGGGCAGUGGCUGGUGUCAGGCUCCGACGACGGCUCGGUGCGUUUCUGGGAGGUGAGCACCGCGCGCUGUCUCCGCACCGUUCCCCUCGGCUCCGUGGUCAAGAGCGUGGCCUGGAACCCCAACCCCAGCAUCUGCCUGGUGGCCGUGGCCGUGGACGAGCAGCCGGUGACACAGGUGACGUGGCACGGCAAGGGCGAUUCCUGGGCCUCAGUGAUGAUCCAGAGGGUCGGGAUCUCGGGAUCUCACCCGAUCUCACCUGGAUCCCAUUCCCAAUCCCAUUCCCAAUCCCAUCCCAAGGAGCUCUAGGAUGAUCCCGAGGGUCGGGAUCUCAGGAUCUCACCUGGAUCCCGAUCCCAAUCCCAAUCCCAUUCCCAAUCCCGUUCCCAGCCGGUGACGCAGGUGACGUGGCACGGCAAGGGCGACUACUGGGCCUCGGUGGUGCGGAACCCCGGCAGCCGCCAGGUGCUGAUCCACCAGAGCAGCCGGCGCUGGAGCCAGGAUCCCUUCCGGAAGAGCCCGGGAAUGAUCCAGUGCGUGCAGUUCCACCCGCUCCGGCCCUACUUCCUGGUGGCCUCGCAGCGCUCGGUGCGCAUCUACAACCUGCUGCGCCAGGAGCUCACCAAGAAACUGCAGAGCAACUGCCAGUGGAUCUCCAGCAUGGCCGUGCACCCCGGAGGGGAUAAUGUGAUCUGCGGGAGCUACGACAGCAAACUGGCCUGGUUUGACCUGGACCUCUCCACGCGGCCCUACCGGCUGCUCCGUCACCACCGCCGUGCCCUGCGCUCGGUGGCGUUCCACCGCCGGUACCCGCUGUUCGCAUCCGGCUCCGACGACGGCACCGUCAUCGUCUGCCACGGCAUGGUCUACAGUGACCUGCUGCAGAACCCGCUGCUGGUGCCGCUGAAGGUGCUCAAGGGCCACGCGCCCGCGCUGGACCUGGGCGUGCUCGACGUCGCCUUCCACCCGCAGCAGCCCUGGCUCUUCUCCUCGGGCGCCGACGGCACCGUGCGCCUCUACACCUGACGCUCCCGCCGGGAACGCGCCGGGAUCCAACCGGAUCCAACCGGAUCCAAAGGGAUCCAACACCGUCGGAAUUCACGGCGCUCAAUAAAGGAUUUUUUUGCAUACGGCACCAGACUCUCAGUAUCCUGAAUUCCCCAAUAUUCCCAUUCCCUACACCUGACGCUCCCGCCGGGAAUGCGCCGGGAUCCAAAGGGAUCCAACGGGAUCCAAGCGGAUCCAACACCAUCGGAAUUCACAGCGCUCAAUAAAGGAUUUUUUUGGGUACGGUACCGGGUUCUUGGUGUCCUGAAU